AGAACGCCGCUGACAGACGCCAACAUUCAGGAAACCCCGACACAACACAGCACUAAACGAUAAAUAUGCCAACCAGCGCUCCCAAUAAAAGAAUCCUGCCUGCUGCUGGCAGACCUGCUACAAAAUCCAAAGAUCUGUAUCUUCCAAAAGAAAAUAUCCCAGCCUACGAGCCCAGUAUCCCUGAGCCCACAUGCAGAGCUGAUCUUCUGAAAUACUGGAUCAAUCUGUCUUUUGAUGACAAGACAGCCAAUAAGAUGCUGUGGAUCAGAGAGGGUGGAACCAAGGUGUCACGUAUGACAGAUGAUGUCACCUGUCCCGUCUUGGACAGACCAGAGAGAUAUGAACAUUCCCCUCAGGUUCUCUCUAAAGAAGGCAUCCAGGGUUUCCGAGCUUACUGGGAAGUGAGAUAUUCAGGUUGGGUGGUGGUCGGAGUCGCGUACGAGGGUGCAGGGAGGAGGGGAAGCGACGGACCCUGCGGGCUGGGAGAGAACGAACAGUCCUGGGGUCUCGGCUGGGGUGGAUCUCACUACCAGCUGUGGUUCAACAGCAUCAACACAGAAAUCUGGGAUAUCCCCCAGUGCAGCAUCAUCGGGGUGUACCUUGACCAUCCAGCGGGCAUCAUCAGAUUUUAUGCAAUCGAUGAUGUAGAGGGAAAGGAGAGCGGAGGCAGACAGGAGAUCAGGCUGCUGCAGCAGAUUAAAAGCUCCUUUAAGGGGAGGAUGAUGGCGGGUUUCUGGGUAGGACAAAAGUCGUCGUGUUAUCUAGUCACACAUAAGGAGGAGUGAUAAA